GCGAGCAGCGAUGCGCGGCGCAGCAUCCGGCGGUGCUGGGUUCGGCAAUUCUGGCUCUCCUGCUCGCUGGCUAUCUAGCACAACAGUAUUUACCAAUGCCUACGCCAAAAGUAAUUGGGAUUGAUCUUGGCACAACUUACUGCUCUGUUGGUGUCUUUCUUCCUGGAACAGGGCAGGUGAAGGUUAUUGCAGAUGAAAACGGGCACAACAGCAUUCCAAGUAUAGUGUCUUUCACGGACAGAGAUGUAUACGUCGGAUAUGAUGGCUUGGAACUUGCUGAUGCAAAUCCUCAGAACACUAUAUAUGAUGCGAAAAGAUUCAUUGGGAAAAUCUUCACUUCGGAAGAACUGAAGAGUGAAAGUAGCAGGUAUCCAUUUAAGAUUUACAACAACGAUGGAUCAGCUGAAUUUUCUGUAACAACUAAUGAAACCUUCCGUGUCACUCCAGAGCAAAUCGGCUCUCAGCUGCUACUGAAAUUGAAGAGAAUGGCAGAAGACCAUCUGGGUGUGCCCAUUUUGAAGGCAGUCAUCUCCGUGCCAGCAGAGUUUGAUGAAAGGCAACGGAAUGCCACUGUUAAGGCUGCUAACCUUGCAGGGCUUGAAAUCUUGCGAGUAAUCAAUGAACCCACAGCUGCAGCUAUGGCUUAUGGACUUCACAAAGCUGAUGUGUUUAAUGUCCUGGUGGUAGAUUUGGGUGGAGGAACUUUGGAUGUGUCUCUGCUGAACAAGCAGGGAGGGAUGUUCCUCACACGAGCCAUGGCAGGUAACAAUAAACUUGGAGGACAAGAUUUUAAUCAGAGGUUGAUGCAGCACUUAUACGAUCAACUCAAUCAAGUUUACGGUUCUCUGCCAUCAAGAAAAGAAGAAAUACAUCGCCUCAGACAGGCUGUGGAAGCAGUUAAAUUAAAUUUGACUAUUCAUGAGGCAUCUACAUUAAGGGUGUCGUUGACUGUGCCAGAAAGGAAGCUUACAAAAGAACUUCCUGAAAGUGAGGUAAAGCCAAAUACUGUUCAUAACGGCAAGCCUUCACAGAAAACAAAAGACUUGAAAAAUAGUGGAGAUGCUUCAGAUGAAGAAAACAAGUUUGUCAAAGUUGUGUUUGAACGAGAAAUUUCUAGAAAACUCUUUGAGAUGUUGAACGAGGACCUUUUUAAGAAGAUUCUUGUUCCCAUUGAGCAGGUGUUGAAGGAAGGCCACCUACACAAAGAGGAAGUGGAUGAAAUUGUGUUAGUUGGGGGCUCCACCCGGAUUCCUAAAAUACGUGAAGUUAUUCGGGAUUUCUUUGGAAAGGAACCUAACACCUCUGUAGACCCUGAUCUAGCAGUUGUAAUGGGGGUAGCUAUCCAAGCAGGAAUUGUUGGUGGGUCCUGGCCUCUCCAAGUAAGCGCUAUAGAAAUUCCCAAUAAGCAUUUACGAAAGACUAAUUUUAAUUGAAGAUAAACUCUUUCCCAUUGCAUCCCGUCUCUCCGAAAGCAUACUCUGAUGGUGCAUACUUAACUGUCAGUGAAGCCUAACCUUAGCCAUAUAAUAUUCUUUUUUUUUUUUUUUUUUUUUUUUGUAAUCUGUUUGAGUUAAAUGUUACCUUAAAGGUACGAGUGAUUUUUAAAGCUCUGAAGUUGUCUUUGAAGUCAUGUUUGCUUCUCGAUUGGAUACAGAAUGGAAAUCCUAAAAAUGACACGCUCAUAUCCUUUUGCUAAAUUUUAUUAGCAAAUCUGGAAGAGGUGUUUGCUUCAAAAUGGAAGAGUGUGACCAAAGCUUAAAAAUAACAGCACUGUAAUAUAGAUGUUCCUGUGUCAAAUAUACUUUAUUUGGAAGAAUGUGAAGCAGUGUUAACGCACAUAGCAGUGUUGAGCUAAAAUCUAUUUAUUAAAGUGAGUCAUUUGAGCAUUUAAAAACCUUUUCUAAAAGGCAUACUGCAGCUUGAAUGAGAUUUAUGCAUUCAGUUGAAUCCUCUGCUGUUCAUAACAGCAUACUAGUUUUAUUAAGACCACACAGCAAAUUACUGUCUCAUGUUUGAGUCAAACCAUAUUAAGAAAUUUAGCUCUUGCUAAUGUGGAGUUGCUCAGUGUCUACAAUGGCUAACUUCCUGAAUCAUUCUGGAUGGUUAACACAUAGGUGCUGCUGCCUUACCCUUAAGAACAAGUGCAUAUCACCAACUGUUUACCUCCCUCCAUUUUAAUUGAAAACCACUUUAAUUUUAUGCAUCUUGAAGCUACAUGUGUAUAUUUUCCCUUGAAUUUUACCAACAUGAGUUAAACUGUUGCACAAUUACAAGUGUAUGACAUCUUUCCCUCCCCCCCAGCUCUGCUGUUUUCAGGGGAAGAAGUGUGGGACCAAAUGAACUGCUUGGAUGAAGUCUAGUUCCUAUUGUCGAUGGAAACUCAUCCAGCUUUGUCUUGCAUUUUAACUAAUAUCUCUGCUUUAAGUUGGGUCAUAUUCCUACUCUAAAUUGAGCAUAGAUUAGAGAUGGCAGCUGUUCAUCCGAUAAGGAAGCAGUAACUCAGGAUCCGAGGUAACAUUUCUUUGGUCUUUAUUUUAGGCAAAGACUUUGCCACUCACCUAUCUAGCAAAUGCAAGAGGAGAAAAGGAUGAUAAAAUUAAAAUAAAUUAUUGUGAAGUUUAGCUUUUAAUACGAAAAAUUAAAACAUUACUUAAUGGGCCAAGGGAUUCUCUAUCUGUUUAGAAUAGUGAAGGCAUUCAGCUAAGGCUUGUCUUCAUCUGUCAGCACAGUAUCAGGUAAGCUUUAGUAAUGGGUGAUUUUAAGCGUUCUCUUGUAUCUCCAAAAUAUAACUUUAAGCGUGCCAAGACAUAAAGUGUGGGCUUAGAUCUAUAGUUUAACCUCUGACCAUGUUAAAAUAGGCCUAUUAUUCUCCUGGCAAUAGACCAGAUCUAUGACACUGCCUUCCCAAUUGUGCUGAUGCAGCUGUUUGCAUAGCUGUGGUCUAAACGAACCUUUGAAGUAAUCCUAUUUAAAACCUCCUGAAUUUUAGUUUUGUGCAGCCAUUCCAUGGGUGGUGUUUAACUUCACAGACAUUCUCAAAAUGCUGAUAACAUUUAAUUUCACUGAGUUGAAAACUAAAGGGGCUUUUUGGAUGCCUUUUUUCUUUCCUUGAUGCCUUUUGAAAGUGACCCCAUCUUCACAUCUGUAUGUGAAUUCUAGUACAACCUGAUAAUGUAUUAAUAUAGAAUAUUGCAUGUUUAUAAAAGUGAGUGAGUUAAGGGACAAAAGUGAAUAGAACUAAAACUCCUGAGUUGAAGGAAGUCUUCUUAGUGAGCUCAUGGGUGGAUGCCAAUACGCAGUACAGUUCUCACAUGCAGUUGCCUUGCAGAUAUAUUUGUUUAUAUUGAAUAUGUUUCUUCCAAAGUAUUUGGAGUCACUGUGGCCUUUCUGCUGCCCUGCUGUAAACUCAUCUCAAAAUAUACUGGAAUUUUUGUAGGACUUGAGGUGGUUUUUUGCUUGUUCGUUUAACGCAGGUCUGCUUAUUUUACACAGUGCAAUAAAGUAGAUUAAAAUAAAACCACAAUGCAGUUGAGCUCAACUAUUAAAACUAUUUAUUUUUUAAACUAUUUUUGCAGUUUUGGGGCAUGUCAGGCAGAAGUGAGAGUGUAACCUUAAACUGUUUGAACAAUGCAAAUCAAGGAAGUACAUCAGCUUUUAGUAUUUCAGUCUGGAGGAGGUUAAAAAUCUCUGGUUUUAAUCUGGGAGUUGUAAGGAUGAGUUGUUUAUUUGUAUCAAAAAAAUAAUUAAAAUCACAACAGGGUACAUUCUUUCAGUUUUCCAUACAGAUUGAAAUUGAAAAGCUACUGUACAUCAGAUAUCUGCCAAUGCAUCCUUAUCCAUUCAUUUCGCUGAAUUCUGCAAUCAAUUUUGAUUUAAUCUAUAUUAAUUCUAUUUAAUCUAUAUAUUAUCUAUUUUGUCUUUGAUCUCACUGCUGUAUUUUGGCACAAACAGUCAUAUCCUAAAUAUGAGUAGGUUGCUGCACUAAGUGGAUGUUUCCAGAUACGCAGCUGUAAUGCUUAUCAGAAGUCUUUCUUUAAAUAAAUUGAUAUUUGAAGGCCGAAAUCUUUCUACAACCUCUCCUGGAAAUCUUGAGUAUGGUUGCCUUUGGCAUAAAGUGUAUGACAAAUUUAUACAGUUAAAGCUUGUGUUGCAAGUUGAAGCUAAGCUGCCUCAUCACCAAUAUGUUCCCAAAUUGUUUCCAAAUAGAGAUGAUGAAAUGCAUAACCUUUUAGAAUGUUUUUAAUUAAAGCAAUUUCUGUCUUUUGGA